AUGUUACUAGAUCUAAGUGAUGUUGGAUUCUUUUUUUUAUAUGGUUUUGGGGGGACAGGAAAAACAAUUGUGUGGAAUACCCUUUCUGCUGCUUUGCGCUCCAAAGGGCUGAUUGUUCUGAAUGUGGCAUCAAGCGGAAUCGCUUCAUUGUUGUUACCUGGCGGCAGAACUGCCCAUUCUAGAUUCUCAAUUCCGUUAGAUAUCAAUGAGCUAUCAACAUGCAAUGUUCGUCAAGGUUCUCUUAAAGGCGAAUUGCUUCAAAAGGCGAGCUUAAUUAUAUGGGACGAGGCCCCAAUGUUGAAUAAACACUGUUUCGAAGCUUUGGACAGGACACUGAAUGACAUAAUGAAAACACAAGCAACUUACGGUCAUGAUAUUCCAUUCGGUGGUAAAGUUGUUGUCUUAGGAGGCGACUUUAGGCAGAUUCUCCCUGUGAUUCCGAAAGGUAGCCGAUCUGAAAUUGUGGGAUCUGCAGUGAACUCAUCAUAUUUGUGGAAAUAUUGCAAAGUAUUGAAAUUAACCACAAAUAUGAGGUUACAGAAUGCAUCUUCUUCUGCUUCCGCUGAUGAAAUUAGGGAAUUUGCUGAUUGGAUUCUUGAGGUCGGAGAUGGAACUGCUAAGACCAUUGAUGAUGAUGAGUCGACAAUUGAGAUUCCUUCAGAUUUGUUGAUUAGUUCAUGUGAAGAUCCAUUGCUUUCAUUAGUCAAUUUUGCUUAUCCAAAUUUUGUGAGUAAGCUGGAAAAUUAUUCCUUUUUUGAAGAAAGAGCAAUUCUAGCUCCCACUCUUGACAGUGUAGACCAAGUUAAUAACUUCAUGUUAUCACUGAUUCCUGGGGAAGAAAGAGAGUACUUAAGCUAUGACACUCCAUGUAGGUCAGAUCAAGAUUCAGAGAUUAAUCCAGAAUGGUUCACAACUGAAUUCUUAAAUGACAUUCAAUGCUCAGGGAUUCCAAAUCAUAGGAUUGUAUUGAAGGUUGGAGUCUCAAUUAUGCUUCUCCGAAAUCUUGAUCACGCUGCAGGAUUGUGUAAUGGUACUCGAAUGAUGGUGACACAUCUCACUCAGUAUAUCAUUGUAGCAACUCUUUUAUCUGGAACAAAAUCUGGGCAGAAAGUUUAUAUUGCUAGACAGAGUUUAACUCCUUCUGACCCUAGCAUUCCUUUCAAAUUCCAACGAAGGCAGUUUCCUAUCACCUUAAGCUUCGCAAUGACUAUAAAUAAAAGUCAAGGUCAAUCCUUAUCCCACGUCGGUUUGUAUCUUCCAAAACCGGUUUUUACACACGGUCAGUUGUAUGUUGCUCUAUCAAGAGUAAAAUCUAGAAAAGGGUUGAAGAUAUUGAUUUUAGAUGAUGAAGGAGUUGUUUCAAACAGGACAAAUAAUGUUGUCUACCAAGAAGUUUUCGACAACAUCUGA